AUGAGAAGUCUUAGGUCAGAUUUCUUAUCUCCACCGAAUGCCUUGAUUUUAUCAAACACUGUUUCGUUGCUUGUCGAUGUAUUGGAAAAGGCUUUGGAGGUGUGGGACUUGCAAGUCAUUCCCCUUAACGACCUUGUUGCGGAACCUGCUCAGAUCGACCCAGAAUUGGAGAAUGCAUUUAUUUGUCAUUUGCGGACCAUUGGUUUUUGGUUGUCACCUGAAGACGCCGACAGGAUUACCAAGUCUUGUAACUCGGCUUCGAGAUCAAGUCCGGGGCAUGGACAACCAGAAAUAUUGUCAGACAAUGAAGACGAUGAUUUAAAAGCUGCAAUAGCUUCCAGCUUGAUUAACUCAUUGCAGGAAAUCAAAAUAGAGGCAAGUAUCACAGAAAAUGAAAAUUGA